AUGGGUCGCGAAAGACAGAAAAAGAAGAACAGGUCUUCUAUCUCAAAGGCCAGACCAAAGGACAACCGGACAAAAGCGGGUAAGAAGAAGGUCAAUUUCCUGGGCAAUGAGACAAUUGCAAAAAAUUGGGAUCGCAAACUUACCAUGUCGCAAAACUACAAGCGACUAGGCUUGUCGUCCAAGUUGAAUGCUCCGACGGGUGGCACAGAAAAGAAAGUGAACAAGGGCACCGCCAACACAACUUCAAAGAGAGAUUCGCUUGCAAUAGCUGGCCUGGCACAUGCAAAUCCAUCGACACAGGAGGUACAGGUUGAGAGGGACCCAGAGACAGGGCGCAUCAUCAGAAUCAUCAGGCCUGAGGACAAUGAAGAGAGGGACAAUCCUCUGAACGACCCCUUGAACGACAUUAUAGAUUACGAGACCCCAGACUCAGCAUCAAAACCAGGCAACGAUGUUGUUGCGCAACUGGAAGCGCAAGCAGCCAAAGAGGAAGAACUUCUGGCGAAGAAGCGCCCAAGACAACAAAGCCAGAGGGAGGAAGAAUGGAUGUCGAAGCUGGUAGAGAAGCAUGGUGAUGAUAUUAAGUCGAUGGUGCGGGAUCGCAAACUCAAUCCCAUGCAGCAGACGGAAGGGGAUAUUGGUCGAAGAUUAAAGAAAUGGAAAGCGAGCCACGGCGAAGUCACAAGUUGA